AAUAAUAAAACUACAUCUAGAUUUAUAUACAUAGGUCUAAUAGCUAUAUAAAGGUCUAAUUAGUUCUUAGCUCAAGCUUGGUAGCUGGGAAUAUAUGGGGGGGAAAAGUGCAGUGUGUCUUUUAAUUUUCUUGGAAUAGAAUCAUAAAAAGUAAAAAGGAAGAAGGGGCUUUGUUGUUGCAUUUCCUUGCAUAGGGAAAGGUGUUUAUUUGGAUGGUGGUUAAGCUGGUUCAGCGUUUCAGCCUAACAAUGUCUUUGUGCUCCCCAAAGAGCUCACAGUCCCCAAGGGGGAGAUUGUGGUCUUAGGAGAAUAGCAGCAGCUGCUGGAUUUUGCUUGCUAACAGUCUUUAUUCCGGCCUGUUAUGAUGUGAUUGUGAUUAGCUGGAGUUUUCCAAUGUUGGCCUUUGUCCAGGCCUGACAGGUGUCUUACUGCAUAAAUGUUCCAAAAUACCACUUCUCAAAAUACAGGAGAGAAGGUAAUCGAGGAAUGCAGUUCCUGCAUUUUGCAGGCUAAGAAUUAAGGCUCAGACAUGCUGGAUUUUCCCAAGUUUAAGUGUAUGUGAACUGAAAACCAAAUCCAGAUCUCCCGACAUCCAUCCUUGUGUCUCUCCUUGCCUAUUGAGGACCAGCAUGAAAUUCAACGAUUCCAGAGGCUCUGAACACAGCAAGCAAAGCUAUAGAAAGUAUUUUGCAUGGUGUGGUUGGAAGAAUAGUACGCUGUGCUUUAGGAAUGGGGGAGCAUGGAAACAGGCAGCUGGUCACCGUGUGCAGAAGAUCUCAGCUGUAGGAUUUCAAAGUUAAAGCGCUUAGCUGGUCUUGGGUCAUUUAGGUACUGUACAACAAACCAGCACUGGCAAAGAGCUUUUACAGGUUUUCUGUUCUGCAGCCAAAGUUGCAGCUGUGACCAAACUUCUGGCUAGGGCGUGUUGUAGAGCCUUUUAUGGAGGCCCUGGACGCCCAGCACCAUGCUGGUCUUGCAACCAGAGCUGCACCUGAUCCUUCUCUCAACGCUGGCACCCUUGCUCAAGCGACAACUGAGGAGCCCCUUGUGUGCCUCAGCACCUAUGGAUGUCCCAUCCUGAUGCUUCUUAUGCACUGGGGGGGGCUUUCAGCCCAGCGGUGCAGAUGUGCUAUCGUGUGACAAGGUGGGGGCAAAGCCAUUUAAAGAGGACACCAGAAGCCAGGCCAGCAAAUGGCUGUGGUGGGCACGCGCUGCUGACCUCCUGUGAUCAUCCAGGGUUUUGGCUGGUGUGGACCAUCAUCAUCAUCCUCAGCUGCUGUUGUGUUUGCCAUCACCGACGCACCAAGCAUCGUCUCCAGGCCCAGCAGCGGCAACACGAGAUUAACCUGAUCGCUUACCGGGAAGCCCAUAACUAUUCAGCCUUGCCAUUUUAUUUCCGGUUUUUGCCAAAUUAUUUACUACCUCCCUAUGAGGAAGUGGUGAACCGACCGCCGACCCCCCCCCCACCAUAUAGUGCCUUACAUCAGCAGUGCGUCCCAGCAGGCAGCAGUAGCACAGUCCCGGACACGCCAAGAAACCUGCAGCCAGCACAGAGCAGCUCAGCAGCACCCAGCGGCAGCAGCAGCAGUACUGACAACACCGGGUCCCCCGGCCUUGGGGACCCCGAGCCCUCCACCACCACGCUGGUCGAGCGAGCAGUUGCCAAAAUGCAAAGCGUUGAGCCCGGCGGCACCAGCACGGGAGCCGAGCUAGUGGAGAGGGCCAGUCCCAAUAAGGAUACGGAGUGCAAGGAGGAACUGCUGAAAGGUUACAGCUCUGAGAGCUUAGAGCAGAGCAGCGCCAUUCCCGACGCGAAGGACAAGACGCCGGGCAGGCAGCGCCGUUUCACUGGCGACUCGGGCAUUGAAGUCUGCGUAUGCAACCGGGGCCAUCACGACGAUGACGACCUCAAGGAGUUCGACGGGCUCAUCGAUGAUGCUCUGGACGGGCCCCUGGACUUCUGCGACAGCUGCAGUGGCCGCCCCCACGGGGACGAGGAGGAAGGGCUUUUUCAUGCUGUGGAAGAGCAGCACCGCGAACACAGCCACCACCACCUGCCCCGGCAGCCGGUGUGUGUACUCUUGAACACAAUAAAUGAGCAGGACUCUCCAAACUCUCGCACCAAUAACUCCCCCAGCUAAGGUGGCAGAGUGGAAGGGAGAAUCGGGGGAAAAAAAACAAAGAAAUAAAAGUGGAAUAAGAGGAUUAAAACUUCUAAUAGGAGGAAAAGGUGAUAACAACCUUCUUUUUUUUUUAGUUUAUUUUUCUUUCUCCCCCUCCAAUAUAAUUUGGGGACUAGUCCCCAAAGGCCCGGCUUGUGGGGGACGGGUCGCUCUGGGCUUUGUUAAUCGUGUCCGUUCUGCUCCGUGGGGCAGGGACUGAUGUUUCUCAAUGAGACCUUCUAACAAAUGGAACUUUUCCAGUGGUGAUUUUGGUGAUGGUUAUUAUGAGUUUGUUGGUUUUAGUUUUCCAAAACUGCUUUAUCUUGCAAUCAGUAAAGCUCAGCAAAUCUCACCCUGGGAGGAUACGAAAUCACCAUAAGGCUUCAACCUCCAGGUGUCUUCCCAGAAGCAAGCAGCUUCUGACAGUGCCGGCAGUCAGUAGCCCAAGAGUUCUGGUUUGAUAUAGUGCUCUUGGGGCAUUGGGGAUUUCUUUUCUUUCUUCUUUUCUUUUUUUUUGGUGUUGGUUUUCUUGAAACUGAUGAAUGCCUGAACACAUCAGCCCUAUAAUCUCUGGUGCUUCAGUGUUUGAGACAGCAGGUAGGAAAUUUCCCACUCGAAGCUGGUGACUGAAGGACCAGUUUCUUCCAGAAGGAGUGUUAGUCUGCCGUAAGCAGUUUGAAAAGAAAGGGUUUGCAGAAAUUUGCCUUUAUAUGUCAUUUUUAAAGACAAGUGUAUUCCUUCAAUGCCUCCAAGAGCACAGUUAGAAGUAGAAUCCAGGCAGCUGGGCUGCCUUCCAAGUACUGUGGUCUCCAGAUGACCUUUUCCCGGUGUGCUGCAAAAGGGAUUGGCUUUAUUUUCUUUCCUUUUUUUGCACCCCAAGAGCAGCACACUCGAGUUAAGAUGACAAAAAAAGAACAGGGCUCUCUUUGGCCAGCGUGCCUUCAAGCUUCAGCGAUGCAUGUUGAACAAAUGGAGACGAGAGCUCCGUCCGUUGCGAAGGGAUGACUUACCAUGUAGAUGUGGAAGACCUGUGCAGUAUUUUUUUUUUUUUGAUCCAAAAGCUUGGUGCGAUUCUAAUGUUGACCACUUAAAAGAAAUGAAUGUCUGUUUUCUCUUUCUUUUUUUUUUUUUUUUUUUUUUUUUUUUUUUAAAUGGUGGCAACUGGCUACUGUAUAAUGUCUGUGAGCGUGUGUGUGUGACUGCAAUCCAUGCAUGCGAGUCCUACUGGUAAUAUGAAAACCUGCUGUAAGACUGCAAGAAAAUUUACUGUAGCUUUGCUUUAAUAAACGGUAGAGAUUUUGUUAGGAACAACCUGAAGGAAAAAAAAAAAACAAACAAAAAAACCAAACUGAAGAGCUGAAACUAACAUUCCCUGGAGUGCUCGUGUGGUAGAGAGCACAGUUCAGAUAAUGUUCUCUUGUUCUCGGGGUUUCUCCCCAUCCCUUUUAUAAUUAUGGUCAUCCAGAUCAUUACUGUUAUGGGGGAAAAAAAAAAAAAAAAUUGAAAACUGAACUCAGACAUAUUCAGAUUUGAUUGAUUGAAAACCAAAAUCAGUUUUAAAUAAGGUGGAAACCAAAAUAUAAUGCCUUUUCUGAUAA